ACUCUUAACUCCUCGUAUCUCAUUUCGCUCGAACCACUAUGAACCUGCUCCUCCGUCCGAUCUCUGAGAUGGCGUGACCUCACGAAUCUCGAGGCGUUUCCUGCCUACACUCGUCGGAGAACAUCUAGAGAGGACUCGUCUCUGCUCCCUUCUCGCCGGCGUCGCCGCUGCUUAUCUCAAUUCCGGCCAGUCUUACUUCAUCGAUUCAUCGUCUUCAAGACAUCAGAUACGAGCACGGAUUUUACCGAUUAUCCUUUGAUUUUUCGCUUUUAGUUUUUGAGAAAUCUGGGCGGUAGAGGAAUAGUGGAUUAGUAUAUAGAUUUGAGUAAAUGGCGGAGGGAAAGCCUAACUCAAAGCCGGCCCUCCAGAAACCUCCCGGUUAUCGCGACCCGCAGGCGCCACCACCGACCGUUCCGAAGCCGCCUCCCCGGCGGCGGCCGCUGCCCCCAUCUUUUCGCCUGCCCGGGAAGGCGUUGCCCCGCCGCCAUCGUUCUCGGCGAUCCUUCUGCUGCCGGUUCUGCUGCUGGGCCUCCGCAGUGGUCCUCGCCUUGGCCGCGCUCAUCGCGGUCGCCGCCGGGCUCACCUACCUCUGGUUUCAGCCGCGGUUCCCCUCCUUCCGCCUCGAGUUGCUCAACGCCACCCGCCUCCGAGUCACCUCCAGGCCCGACGGCACCUUCCUCGACGCAGCCACCGCUGUUGGGAUCCUCAUUUCGAACCCUAACGGCAAGAUUAUUCUUGAUUACGGAGACGGGGAGGCGCGGGUGAGGGUGGUCGACGAUGACGGGGACGUAGACGUAGGGGUGGCAAAGGUCGCAGGGUUCGAGCAGGCCAGGAGAAAUCGGACGGUCGUGCGCUUUUGGACGGCGGCCAAGUCGGUGGCGGUGGAUGAGAUCGCCGGGGGGAGGAUCCAAGCGGGGUUCAGGAGCAAGGAGGUGAAGCUCGGGCUAAGUCUGAGAACGAGGGUGGGGCUUCGGGUGGGCGAUGCUAGUACCGGGAAGGUGCCGAUCCGAGUGGGGUGCGGCCCGGUGAGCUUAAAGCAGGGGGUGAGCCAUGGGACUCUACCCUCGUGUCGCUUCUACUUGUUCAGAUGGAUUAACUUGCACUGAGAAGGCUCAUAUAAUCACUGGGAGAAAAUUGGCUGAGUUGAGUAUCUUGCACUGUAUUUUCCUGAAAGGUUUGUAUUUUUGCAAAUAGUUAUUAUUUUUCAAAGAAACGUAAAUAAUUAUUUGGGUAAACCUUUUCUCUACUUGUAUAAUAUAUUGAUACACAACAUAGCACCACUAUUUCAACAUGCACCUCUUUUAUAUUUGACAAACAACUUCUAUCCUUCAUCACCAUUUUUAUAUCCUUUAUGCUAAAUCUUUGCAUAGUCAUUAUAUGUAUAAAGUUACUCUUCUUGUAACCAAUGCUAUAAACAUAUUUC